GUGGCACGCAGCAGACGGUGAGGACGUGCGCGCCCUCGCUUCUUCCUCUUUCUCGAUUCCAUCUUCACGGUGUCGGUGUCGGUGUCGGUGUCGGUGACCGCGGUUCAGUCGCCGACAUGCAGCUGUUUGUCCGCGCCCAGGAGCUACACACCCUCGAGGUGACGGGCCAGGAGACGGUCGCCCAGAUCAAGGCUCAUGUAUCUUCACUGGAAGGCAUCGCCCCGGAAGAUCAAGUCGUGCUCCUGGCAGGCACACCCCUGGAGGAUGAGGCUACCCUGGGCCAGUGUGGCGUGGAGGCCCUGACCACUCUGGAAGUAGCCGGCCGCAUGCUUGGAGGUAAAGUUCAUGGUUCCCUGGCCCGGGCUGGGAAAGUGAGAGGUCAGACUCCUAAGGUGGCCAAACAGGAGAAGAAGAAGAAGAAGACAGGCCGGGCCAAGCGGCGGAUGCAGUACAAUCGGCGCUUUGUCAAUGUUGUGCCCACUUUUGGCAAGAAGAAGGGACCCAAUGCCAACUCUUAAAUCUUUUGUAAUCCGGGCUCUCUCUAAUAAAGCCACUUAGUCCAGUCA